AUGGAGCACUCGGAAGGGGGCGAGCAGAGCCAACAGCAGCAGCCCUGGGGCAAGCUGAUCCGGCUGGGUGCUGAUGAGGCAGAGCCGCACGUCUUGCUGCUGAAAAGAGAAUGGACAAUUGGCCGGAAGAAAGGUUGUGACUUAUCUUUCCCUGGCAACAAGUUGGUGUCUGGAGAUCACUGUAAAAUCGUAGUGGAUGAAGAAUCUGGUCAAGUGUCUUUGGAAGAUACAAGUACUAAUGGAACAGUAAUUAAUAAACUCAAAGUGGUGAAGAAGCAGACAUACCCUUUACAGACUGGGGAUGUGAUCUAUGUUGUUUACAGAAAAAAUGAGCCAGAGAACAAUGUUGCUUAUCUUUAUGAAUCCUUAAACACAAAACAUGAUGCAACUCAAGAACCAGUAGCUGUAGAAGUUAAUGUAGAAAACCAAUGCCAUGUGACCAAAGAUACCUCAAGUACAAGAAGAAGUAAUGAUGAGACCCAAAUUACCUCAUCACAGUCAGCUACUCAGUCUUGCUAUGAGGAACCACAGCCAUCUACUUCUACAUCUAACCUCUUUAAUGCUUCUUCUACCUCUCUUAUUGAGUCUGCAUCUGCUCAGCAGGAUAAUCCUUCUACAUCUGGAUCACAAUCCUCAGUUUUCACUCCUGUGCCUGCUCUCCCCAUCUUAGAAUCCAUGUGUCUAAGAGCACUGCAUGAUGAACAUGAAAAACUGGAUAUGAAUAUGGAAACUUCUGCAGUUGCUUCGGAAGUGACUGACAAAGAAAAAGCAGAAUCGGAUUUUCAAAGGACAGGGGAGGAGGAAGGUUUGGAACCUGCAAAGAAGAAACUAAAAGGAGAUGAAGAUGCUUGUCCAAAUCUUCCACCAGCAGUUCCAAGUGAAUGUAUAAUUAAAAUUGGCUCUGAAGAUGCAAAAACAUCAAAUGUGAAACCAGAUAAGAUGGAAGAAACUUUAACUUGCAUUAUCUGCCAAGAACUGCUGCAUGACUGUGUAAGCUUGCAGCCUUGUAUGCAUACUUUCUGUGCUGCCUGCUACUCAGGAUGGAUGGAAAGAUCUUCUCUAUGUCCAACUUGUCGUUGUCCAGUAGAACGUAUUUGUAAAAAUCACAUACUUAACAACUUGGUUGAAGCUUAUCUGAUUCAGCAUCCAGAUAAAUGUCGUAAUGAAGAUGAUGUACGUAGCAUGGAUGCUAGAAACAAGAUUACUCAAGACAUGUUGCAGCCUAAGGUGCGGAGGUCUUUUUCAGACGAGGAAGGAAGUUCUGAAGAUUUGUUGGAAUUGUCAGAUGUAGAUAGCGAAUCUUCAGAUAUCAGUCAACCGUAUAUAGUCUGCCGACAGUGCCCAGGGUAUCGAAGGCACUCUGUUCCAACUCUGCCUGGCACAGGCCAAGAGACAGAAGCAGGAGGAAUGCAAGCACUGGGAGAUGCACCAUCUACGUCAGCCAACUUCCCUGCAGCUGUCCAGGAAUAUGUGUGUCCUGCUCAAGGAAGUCAUGUAAUAUGCACCUGCUGCUUCCAGCCAAUGCCUGACCGAAGAGCAGAGCGUGAACAGAAUCCUCAUGUUGCUCCUCAGCAAUGUACAGUUUGUCUGCAACCCUUCUGUCACUUAUACUGGGGCUGCACUCGGAUGGCGUGUUUUGGCUGUUUGGCACCAUUCUGUGAAAUAAAUCUUGGUGAUAAGUGUUUAGAUGGAGUCCUAAAUAACAACCACUACGAGUCAGAUAUCCUGAAGGAUUACCUGGCAUCCAGGGGUUUGACAUGGAAAAAUAUGUUAAACGAAAGUCUCUUAGCUCUUCAAAGAGGAGUUUUUAUGUUGUCAGAUUACAGAAUUACUGGGAACACAGUGCUUUGCUACUGUUGUGGCCUUCGCAGCUUUCGAGAACUUGCCUACCAGUACAGGCAGAAUAUUCCUGUUGCUGAAUUGCCAGUGGCUGUGACAUCACGUCCUGAUUGCUACUGGGGGCGCAACUGUCGAACUCAGGUCAAAGCACAUCAUGCCAUGAAAUUCAAUCACAUUUGUGAACAAACACGAUUCAAGAACUGAAUACUCGUAGUCUGUAGGGUGGGGACAAAAACCUGUUACACUGCUUGUACAGUUUAAGGUUUCAGGGGAUCUUCUCAGUUCCCCCAUAGCAGGGAAUCAAUAACUUUUUUGCAUCAGGUAAUCUGGUGUGAACUUUUUAAUCUGUAGACUUUGACAGCUGUACACGAAUAAGGUAGAGCUCUUUUUCCAAGGAAGUCCAGCAAGCAUUGCAUUCCAUCCUCGUGACUACAGUGUCCCUGCGUCACCUCA